UUUCGAUAUUUGUAAGCUGUCUUUGCUGUCGGCUAUUGGUAGCUGUCCAUACAUUUCUGAGGAGGGGAACAACUUCCGAAAGUUUACGUCAGUCUAAGGCCAGAGUAUUCAAGCCAUGGAGUCCAUCGCCAAUGUGUCCGUGGCAGCCAUUACCAAUGUGUCCAUGGCAACCAUCGCCAAUGUUCCCAUGGAGUCCAUGAUGACCAUCGGCAAUGUGUCCAUGGAGUCCAUGACGACCAUCGCCAAUGUUUCCAUGGAGUCCAUUACCAAUGUGUCCAUGGCAACCAUCGCCAAUGUUCCAAUGGAGUCCAUGACGACCAUUGCCAAUGUUUCCAUGGAGUCCAUCACCAAUAUGUCCAGCUGUGCGUCUGCAUGGUCUCACAGGGAGAAGUUGGCUAAAGUCUCACUGGUCGUGUUCCUCUUCGUAGGGUUUUGCAUGGGACUGCCCACUCUGGUUUGGGCUCUCCUGUACCUGCGUGCCUACCGGGACCGUGGCGCAACGAUCUCACCCUUCAUGAUCGCCCUCCUCCUCAGCGACGUCGUGGAGCUUGCCCUCAUUCCCUUAAUGGUGUACUUUUUAUUUCAGGACGACACCUGUGGGUGGACCGGCUAUCAGUGUGUAGCGAUGUAUCCAUUGUUCGCCUCGCUGAGACUGUGCGGUUUUGUCUAUCACCAGCUGGUGGCGCUGCAGGGGGUUUGGGCUCUGAGGCGCGCGAUCUCCUCCGCCACAAAACCGUCUCUCUCUUUUCGCCGCUUUGCGUACAACUAUGUGUCCUUCUCGGUGUUCGUAUGGACAUGUUUUAUCCUUGUAUCUGUAUCGGAGGGUCGAAGACUUCCCAGGCUGGUCAUAUGUGGUGUCAUUUGUUUUCUAGUGGCCUUCACGUCCAGAGACGCUUUCACAUCGUUCCCCUCCACUGAUGCAGUGUAUCGCCGGCUGGCCAGCUGCAGGGACCCACGUCUCAACAUAUUUGUUGCCUACAUGGCCAUUCUGUGUUUUGUCUACGGCCCUUUCGUUGUAGUCAUGGUCUUUGACGAGUACAUCGAUCCUUGCGUGGAUUCGCUUUUGUUUUUUGCGUCUCUCUCCGUUAUGAGUUUGCGUCUGAUGGCGGAACCUUUGCUGUGUGUUCUGGUCUGCAGGGAAUUCGGUCAAACAUGCCAAACGUUAGACCUGAGAUCAGACUAAUGUUGAUCAUCUGUCUGACUUGAGCUCUUCUUUGGGUGAACCCAGGCGACCCUGUUAGCAAAUAUGAAAUUGCUCUGCAGAGGUGGAAAACUCCAGGUUCAGAGAGUAAAAGUCCAAUCAUGUAUUGGUUAUUGGCUACUGUACCUGUGUACAGCACUUAACACAGGUGAUCUCGUCAAUUAGCUGCUCUAGCUGGCUGAAGAGUUGUGCUAAUUAGAAUCAGAUGGUUCAAGUGAAUGGUUUGCACAGAUAUGUGGUAGGACUUUUGCUUUCUGAAGCCAGACUUUUCCACCUCUGUGCGGGUCCAUCUGGAAAGAAUCCCAUUGACGCUCAUUUCUGAACUUCCAUGGGCAUAACCAGCAGUGAUGUUACACUUUGAAUUUAUGCAUUCAAAUCUUACUAACUCAUUUCAGAAGCGCAGGUAACAUGCUUUUUUUGUUGUUUGUUUUACAUGCAGUUGUUUUCUCAAUUCCAAAGAAAAUAAACAACACAUGAUGUUUAGGCCUGUUGCCAUCAACACAGCCAUUGGUUGUGUUGAGUGCACUGUUGGUUUUCUGAUGAGUUGAAAACAGGUGUGUCAAUGAGAUCCUUGCCAAGCAGACCCUGCAGAGCAAAUUCAAGUUUGCUAACACGUUUGUCUUGGUUCGUCCAAGCUGGAGUAGUUGCCAAAAAAAGGCACAACAUUCCCUGGAGGUGUAUCAUUUCUUUCUUAUCUUGUGUCUUCUAUUCUGUAUUCUAUUGAUUGUAAUUGAAUAGUGAUUCAUACAAUGCUAAAACUGCUGUUAAUGACCGACCAGCAUCAUCCGACAAAUACUGGAAAUGGAGUGUUUCCUUCAUCAGUCUUUUCAAUAAAAAAUAGUUAUUGUAAUAAAAUA